UUUAAUGGAUACUGUAAAGGGUAACUGGAAAAGAAACAUAUUUGUCAAUGCAUGGGAAAGGUGUAAAUCUUUAGGUUCUGGAAGCCCUAAAUCUGCAAGAAAUAUUUGCAGCACCUUGAUGAAAAGCAGGUCAUGGCACUGCACUAAUACGAAAUCGUUAAGUGGAGAAGACAAUGAUAACAAGAGGAAAAACAAGUAUCAGCAAGUAGCACCUGAAGGCUGUUUCUCUGUCUACGUAGGGCCUGAAAAACAAAGGUUUGUGAUAAAAACAGAGUUCGCUAAUCAUCCACUGUUCAAGUCUUUGUUAGAAGAUGCUGAAAUGGAAUAUGGGUUUAAUAGCGAAGGCCCAAUAUUGCUUCCCUGCGAUGUUGAUUUGUUCUAUAAAGUUUUAGCAGAAAUGGAUAGUGUGGAGGAGAUUAGUACUGCACCAACUUGGAGUCCAUUACUCCUUUGUAGUCCCUCUCGUUGCUCCAUUAAUAAAAGGUAUAGACCAGUCCGUCAUACACAGUUACUAAAGUUGAAUCGAUUAUAAAUAUUGCUGUAUUUAUGCCUGGAAGAUCAUCAAAAUGUUGUUUUUUGGGGGUUUAAUUAUGUAUAGACUGUACAUGUAACUCGAGUUUUAGUUAUGGAUAUAGAGAAAUUAUAUACACAUAUGAAUGAG